GAAAUACGGUGCGAUUUUUUUUUUCCCGGAGCGCACCUGCGCCGCGGUUCGAUCGCUUAGGCUCGGACACGUAGCUGCUCUAUAGGUCCGUGUUUGUGUGUCCGUGGCUGUGCAGGGAGAAUACACAACUUGCACGCACGCACACACACAGAGGCUCCUCGUCCGGCUUCAUUGCGGCGUUACAACAAGUUGUCCUGCGCACACGGCGGCGGAUCCGGUGCGUUUUUUUUCUUUCAUACACAUUUGGAGCAGAUUUAAAUGCACACAACACGCCGAGGCGCACCAGUUGAUUUCUCCUCCAUAUUCCUCCUCUUCCCCUCUUCCUCCUCCUCCUCCUCCUCCUCCUCCUGAUCCGCCGCUGCCUGUCAUCCCGAGCUCCACUUUCUAAUGAGAUGCAUGUAGGUUAGAUGCCUCCUAUUGAGUUGCUCCUUCCAGGGCCCACCUUUCACACGCCGUGAAACCCGAGCAGAGCUGCACCCUCAGAAAGAAAAGCAACCAAAAAAACUGUCUUGCAUUGUAAAGCUUUUUUUUUUUUUUGCUCAGAGAGGGAAUCCUUCCUUCCGCUUUUUUCUCUCUCCACAAAUUAAUUCCAAUGCUCUCAUCUCCUCUUCCUCUCUCUCUUCCUCUCCCUGUUCCAGCACGACAUGAUCAGCAGCAGCAGCGUCUAUGGCUUAAAGAUGCAGUGGACCCCAGAGCACAGCCAGUGGGCCGAGCAGCAUUUCGACAUCUCCUCCACCACGCGGUCGCCGGCCCACAAGGCUGAGGCGUACCGGGCGGUACCCGGCCACCUGCAGCGCUCAGCCACGUACCAGUAUGCCUGGGCCAAUGACGACAUCUCCGCCCUCACCGCCUCCAACCUGCUGAAGAAGUACGCCGAGAAGUACUCCGGUAUCCUGGAGAUGCCGGGCUCUUACUCCGAGGCACCCGGCGUGAUGAACGGACGAAAAGGCGAAUCGGAGCCCUGGCAGGACGGCGUCUACCCCAUGAGCUGCAUCCCAGAGGGGGUUUCCAUCAGAAAGGGAGGCGUGGCGGCGGCUUCAGAGGUGGUGUCUGGCAUGUGCAGCUCCCCGGGCCUGGCCUCCAGCACCCUGAGCGAGCCCAGCUACUCCAGCAGCAGCUGUGGCAGCCACACGGCCACGGCGCUGCACUCCUCCUCCAUGCCCUCUCAGGAAUACGGCCCGGCCUACAGCGGCUCCUACCUGCACAGUAGUUACAGCUCCCAGUCUGCCCCCACCCCGGCACUUCCGUCCCCGCUGCACAGCUCUGGGCUUCUGCAGCCGCCCCCUCCUCCUCCCUCCCACCCCACUUUGGUUCCAGCUUACAACGGAGGCUCCCCGAACUUGUCUAGUUAUAAUUACCCCCCAGCAGGCUACCCCGCUCAGAGCUCAGUCGGGCCGGGCUACAGCCCUGGGGGAGCGCCCCCUCCCUCCUCAUACCUGCCCUCAGGCAUUGCUGCACCUACACCCCUUCCUCCCUCUUCUGCUUUACCUGGAUACCCGUACCAGAGCCACAACCUGACCCCAAUUGCCCCCACCCCUCUCAACAGUAGCUCCUCCAACUCUCUGAAGAGGAAAGCCUUCUACAUGACAGGCCAAGGAGAGAUAGACUCCUCUUAUGGUAACUUUGGCUACAGCCAGGCCCGGAGCUCUGCUGAGAGCCCCAUGUACAGGGUAGCAGACAGCAGCAGCGCUAACGGAGGCUCCAACAGCACCGCUGGAUUUGACAGGAGUGCCGAGAAGUCCUCUUUACCUUUUAAUCCUCAGAAACAGUCCACGAUGCCGUCAGAGCAGCAGCAGCAGAGGAAGUACAGCAGCCAGGCGGCAGGCGGGCCGCUGACUCCACCCGGCUACGUCUCCUCCACCCUGGUGGGUUCCCGCUCGGCGGACUCUCUGGCCAGCUUCACCUCCCCUUCCCUCAGCGAGCAAGGUGCUGAUGAUCACCGUCUCCACCUGUCCCACUCAGCUCCAGGGCCUACCUCCUCCUCAUCCACGUCCUCCUCCCGGCCUGCUGAAGAGCAGCUAAAAACCAGUGACCCUCACCUCCUGGACAUGGUUACCUCUGAAAUCGUUCAGCAGGGCCCACCGGUGGAUUGGAGUGACAUUGCAGGUCUAGAACUGGCCAAGGCUACCUUGAAGGAGGAGGUCCUGUGGCCCAUUCUGCGUCCGGACAUGUUUAGCAGUUUAGGGCCCGCCCCACGCUGCGUGUUGCUGUUUGGCCCCAGGGGCAGCGGCAGGACGUUGCUGGGCCGCUGUCUGGCCAGUCAGCUGGGAGCACCGUUCCUCCAGCUCAGCGGCUCCACGUUGGCCACCAAGUGGGUGGCAGAGGGAGAAAAAAUUAUCCGAGCAUCGUUCCUGGUGGCGCGCUGCCGGCAGCCCUCAGUACUGUUUAUUAGUGAGGUGGACAUGCUCCUGUCAGCCCACCUCAGCGAGGAGAGCCCCAUCAACCGGCUGAAGGGGGAGCUACUGGCUCAGCUGGACUCGCUUCUUAUGGGCUCAGGGGAGGAUGGAACCAACCAAGUGCUGGUGGUUUGCUCGACAAGCAGACCCCAGGACAUGGACGAAGGGCUGCGCAGGUACUUUGCUCGGAGGGUCCUGGUGCCCCUACCGGACAGUGCGGCCCGACACCAGAUCAUGAACCAGCUCCUGGUCCAGUCUCAGCACAAAUACUGCUUGAGUGAGGAGGAGCUGGCGCUGCUGGUCCAGCGUACGGAGGGUUUCUCUGGACUGGAUCUGGCCAGACUGUGCCAGGAGGCCCUCGUGGGUCUGUUACACGCCUCUGCACAGGGCAUGGACAUGACGGGUAUGAUGCCCAGGGGACAGAUCAGACCCCUCACCUACCAGGACAUUGAGAGUGUCUUUUGUAAAUUCCAAGCCAGUAUAUCGCAGAAAGAGAUUGACACGUACACCGAGUGGAACAAAAUGUUCGGCUGCAGUCAGUGAAAAGAUAGAUUCCGCCCUUGAGAAAAAGAGGCUUCCACAAUUCCUCCCCUCAGGGCAGAAGCAUUGUGCUGGAGGGAAAGGCACAGAGAAGGCCAACACAAGCCCACUGAGUUCUCACAAGCAGGGUUUAGAUGCACCAAGAGACCUGAUCUGAUGAGACAACUGUCAAUUUUGCAGUUAAUGAGCAAGAGUUUUAAUUUGAAUGCUUGACGCUCCAGAAACGCCAGGCAUUGUUUACACAUUGCAAGCAAGUUGACUUCAGAAGAGACGCCCCAGUGUCUGUGUAUAUAUCGUUACGUUGUUGUUCUUGAGGUUUAGUUGGCUAUCCAAGUGCCUGAAGUGGUGCUUUCUGAUUUUCGUUGUUGAUUUGCCUCACAAUCUACAUUCAUGGCAUGAGCUGACGAUUAUGAAGAGCUUUAAAACUUCAGCGGUGAGACUGAGAAACACUGAUUGACGGUCGCCAUCACGGCGGUCAGUCGUCCUUUAUUGUCUUGCUACGAUCAGUAAUCCGUGGGGUGGCAGUAGUCUGGGCCCUGACUCACUCAUCUCUUCUGAUCCUGUGUCUGCAAAACAAACAAACAAACAAACGUAACGAACAAACAAACAACACUCAGGAAAGCGUUUGUGAAUUGUACAGUACCUCAAGAUAUCUUGAUGAAAAGCACUAAGAUCUGAUAGGAGAAUCUGACAGUGUUAGGUGUACCUCAAGUGGCUAGGAUUAAUAGCAGAGAGGUGACAAUGAAUGUACUAGAUGUGUUCUGGAUUGAUGGAACAUAAUCUACAGUGAGAGUAAAACCAUAAUGUCUCUUUUCUUUUUUCUUUUCCUCACAGCAGGUGCUUUAGCUGCCUGUUUCUACUUGACCAAUUCUGAAGCUUAUUUCCAUUGCUCUUCAAAACUGUAAAACCACGUUGCCCAGCUUUGUUGUUUGGGGGGUUUUCAGAGAGACGGGAGUUGUACAUUUAUUAAAACAACCAUAAUCAACAUUGUUUAUAUUACACAAUCUAGGCUAUACGGUCAGGCUGCAUGGACGCUCCAUCAGUUAUCAGCUAACUUCUGCGCAAAAUAUCAGCUUUGUCUUACUGUUAGCGAGGUAUUCUCUGAAGUGGAUGAACCUAACUGAGCUUAAGGGAAUGUUCUGCAUAUUUGGGAAUACACUUAUUGGUUUUCUUACUUGGAGAUACAUGAGGAGAUCUAGCUAGUGAGUAAAACAGUUAGCUUAGCUUAGCAUAGCAACCGUGGCUCUGUGACAAAAACCUGUAUAAAAGUUUUUAAUCCAUAUGAAAACAGAAGUUUAAAAAUGACAGCGUGUGAUGUUGUAAGCUAUUAUGCGCUGCUAAGCUAACGGCUAACGGUUGUGGCAUUGCAUGAAACAGACAGACACGAGAGUGGAAUCUUUUUACCGACCUCUCAGGAAGAAAACAAAUAACUGCGUUCCUCAAAGUGUCAAAGUAUUCCUUUAAAAUCACAGGGCAGUUUACUUUCUGUCUCUUUCUGUGGGUCUAAUGUUUGGUUUGAUGUUAUUUGAGCAAAUUCACUGAAGUUGGUUUCAAGUUGGCAUCACAGAGGCUAACGAUGGAUAUCUGCCGAGUCACAAGUCCAACUGAAAUCACAUGUCGGGAUCCUUUUUUUUUCUUCUGCAGUUAAAUGUGCUGUUAAUAGUUUUGCAUAAAUUCUUAAAAGAAAAAAUAACCUUUGGAAAAGGGAAUGUGGCACACAUUUCACUUGUGUCAGUUUUUUUUAACGCUGCCAGUGUCGAGACGUGGACUGAUUAAAAUAGGAGUGGAUCUGUUAGACAGAAAAAUAUGGCUGAUGCUGCUUCCUGUGUAAACACAACCUUUUAGAACCUUAACUUUACUGCUUUAUUGACUGUUUUAAAUAAAGUCUCCAUUCAUAGCAGUGUAAACAAACUUGACAGAAGAUAUUAGCUGCUGACCUUUUUUUAUGACAAAUAAGACAAACUAGUCGAGGUAAAACUGCUGCAAUAAACCAGAAAAAUGCAGACAGUUAUUAAAAGGUACAUUUAAAUGUAAAGUGUUGUAUACUCUCAGCUGUCUUUCAUACUAGCAUCAGAAGUUAAAAAAAGUCUAAGAAAAGGGAAAAAAACUGUAUUAAGGGGAGACACUACAGACGAAUAGGACGACAUUUUUAACUAACAGAUAUCACAUGAAACUUCCCCAGCCGAUUUAUUGCUUUCAUAUUUUGCAUUUUAGGUUUACUAAAUUCUGUGUUCGAUUAUUAUUUGCACUCACUGCUAGAACAUAAAUCUGUACAUCGGAUGAAUCCAGCUUUAAAACCUUUCUGUCGUUGGGUAGGCAUAUCUCUUUUUUAGAACUUCAUAAAUCAUAAAAUACUGACAACAGUAAGCAAAAUAAGUAUUUUCAUCAUGUUUUAAAAAGUUAAAUCUUCUAUAAAUGAGGUUGUGAAUGACAUAUAUUCAACAAAUCUCUCUGUAAAACCAUCUUAAUAUCGAUAGAAAGAAAGGUGAAGAGCUUUGUCUGCACAGGAGCUGCUGAAGUGGAGAUUUCUGGCUCUGAUCAUUAGAAAAAAGAACACAUUUUGUGUAAAAUGGCAUUUAAAGAAGUAUUAUAAUUGAAAUCUACAGGCGCAAACAGACAAAGGAUAGUAAAAUAUCAACCUAAAUGUGUUUUUUUUGGGGUGUUUUCUUUACACUUGUCUGAAAGGAAGUGUAAUGUGGAAGUAAAACAUCCCAAAAUCUCAAAGUUGACGUCUGUAGCGUCUCACCUGAACGGUUCAGAUUUAGAUUCGUCCACAAGCUAACCCAGGUAGCUGCUCACAACACUGAAGGACGCAGUUUUAAAAAAAAAAAAGGUUCAAAUACUUAGCGUGUCAGUAAUAAAUUUAACAGAUUAAAACCGGACAGACAAGAAUCUAAUGAAAAAAAUGGAGUAAAUCAAAAUAAAGUGCCAGAAUAAUGCUGGUUGACGUGUUAGAUUUACAUGUAAAGAGCAAAGCAGUGAUUUCAGUUGGACUCUAAAUGAACAGGUAUGACAUUAUAGAAGACGUUCAUGCAGAUUCCCCCCCGUUCCUCAUGCUGAUUUCCUCUGAAGUGGAUCGGCUAUAGAAUCCACUCCUGUUUAUUUAAAUGAGACGUUCCUGUUCGUCCUGGAAAUCUCAUCUGUGCGAAAAGCAGAAAAUCAAGCGGAGGUCACGGGUCGUCUCAGAAUAGCAGUUCUGAUUGACCGACUCGGUAAUGCAAUUAGUGUUAUUAUUUUUCUGGCUGUGAUGUGGUGCGAGCCGUGGGUGCACACAGAACAGAGUUAGCAAAGACCAGGCUGGUGGCAAUCAGAAAAGUGGUUCUAGGCCAUAAUGACCAACCCAGAACCCAGAACCCAGAACCCAGAACCAAACCCAUGCCGGUCUUUUUAUUUUGAUUCUACUCACACAGGCGGCGUGAAGCACAUCCUCUGCCUGCAUCUGGGUUUGGACUUUGGAACAGGAGUGGGGAGUUUACUCUUGAAGCCCUACGUCGCUGAAGGUUGUCUGUUGUGUUCCAUUAGGACGUGUUUUUGUCUCCUCCUUGUCGCCGUGGUGAAGCUGUCCUGUAGCUCUGCUGUCGUGGCGUGGGAGCUCUUUCCAUCGUUUCUUGCACGUGCACUGAAGCAUUUUUGUGUGUGAUGCUGUUCUGUUAAAGUGUCUCAGUGCCAUUACAUUGGCGGCGCUCAUGUUUAUUUUUGUGUUUUUACCUGAAGGAGAUUGAUCUACGUGGACGUUCCGUUUUACUCUUUCGUUGUGCUUCCCCGCUUUUUCAAAACAAGAAACGCGGCUGUGAAAGUAGGAGCUCUUCGCCGCUAUCUCCGAGGCCCCAUCAGUGCAGCACCUUAUGUGGGGGGGGGGUAAGUUCUGCUGAGCGUCAGCAAAACUGACGGAAAGGAGAGACAGGCAGGCAGCGUGGCGGCAGCACAAGGGGGAAAGCAGAGUGGUCCGUCAGAAAACCACCCUCAAAACAAUCUGUACCAGAAUUCCUUCUGUCAGCAAAUCCUCUGGAGAGAGAGUCCCUUUGGACAGAAAAAGCUCCUAAUGCACUUCAGAGCACACAACAGCAGCACAGGCGUCCUCUCUUUUUUCCUGCUUUCGUUCUCCACACCGCUCUACGCUGCGCUUUGUUUGUUCCCCGUGUUUUGUGGUCCUCUUCUCUGUGUCUUUUUUCUACAUGGUGUGCAAAUCUAGCUUUUUUUUUAUUUAAAGGGGAAAAAAAAUUGAAACCCUUUCUUUAAACGGAGUUCUUCUUUAAAGCAUUUCUACCUCAUGGCUACAAAACACACGUGGUAUUUGAUUUUCGUCUUUCCAAAUGUCAGACAUUUGUGAAAAUAAAAAUAAAAAAAAUCAGAUUUUUUUUUUUCUCUUUUUAAAGAAGAAGAGGAGAGAACGACACGGUGAAGUUUUGCGCAGUCUACCUCAGACGACUGUACUUAAAACAUUUAGCUGAUGGUGCAACCGCAGGCUGCAGCAUAGCCUAGUGUGUGUUUGUGUGUGUGUGUCUGUCACUGUGCGUCAGAUCCGAGUAUUGGCAAAAACACACACACACACACACACACACGAGAUAACACGCGAAAAACACGCUCACAAGCGCUUUGUGAGGCUGGGGUCGACCUGAAGGCGACCCGGAAAUGUAUAAUCCAAUACAUUUGCUUUAAUCUUUUGUGAACUACUGUGGUUGUGCGCGUGUGAAUGUGUAUAUACGUGGGCACACUCUUCUUUUUUUUAUUUAGUGUGUUGGAUUUUAUAAAUUGUUAGUAUAUAUAACACACUUGCACAACUUUAAACCAGAGUGUAACGUGUUUCUGUUGUACAUACCUAUACAUACAAUACAAAUGCACCACUUGUUUAUAUGUGUGAAUAUGUUGCCAUACUUGCAGUCAAUGUAUUUUCAUGUAAUCUGAGGUACAAGCAGCAACAAACGAUUCAUUAAAGACAUUUUCUUGGGAGAUUA